GGGUAAUUCCGGAUCGGGUUGAUACAUAUAACGAGAAAAUAAGUCAAAUUUACUUUGAAAAAUGAAAGCUGUAGCUUUGAAGGUGCCCCUGUUGUUUCUCGUGCUGAUGGCUCCGAGCGCCCUGGCUUCCUCAACACAGGUGGCAACCAUCUACCCCCAGGACCCAGCCCUGCCCAUCGGGGCUAGCCUAACGGCCACCUGCUCGGUGAGCCCUGAUCUGGGCCUCCACGCCAGCAAGCUGUUCUGGACGCUCAACGGGCGGCGCCUACCCAGCUCCUCCUACAGCGUCCUGAGCCCCACGGCCGUGAGCGUCACCCUGGCCCGCCUCCCUGCCUCCCACCAACGCUCUGGGGACAACCUGGUCUGCCACAACCCUGCGGGACAUGUCCUGGCUGGCUCCUGCCUCUAUGUCGGCAUGGCUCCAGAGAGACCGGUCAACCUGACUUGCUGGUCAAGGAACACCAAGGACCUGACGUGCCGCUGGGCCCCUGGAGGGCAGGGAGAGACCUUCAUACGGACCAAAUACACCCUCAAGUACAAACUCAGGUGGUACGGCAGAGAGAGGGAGUGUGAGGACUACAGCCUGGUCCAGCCUUACACCUGCUACAUCCCCAGAGACCUGGCCCUCUUCACCCCUUACGAGAUCUGGGUGGAGGCCACCAACCAGCUCGGCUCCUCCACCUCUGAUGUCAUCACCCUGGACAUCCUAGACGUGGUGACCACGGACCCUCCAUCAGGGGUGAGUGUUGGCCGUGUCGGGGAUCUGGAGGACCAGCUGAGCGUCCGCUGGGAGACCCCACCUGCCCUCAAGGACUUCCUGUUCCAGGCCAAGUACCAGAUACGCUACCGCCUGGAGGACAGUCAGGACUGGAAGGUGAUGGAUGACGUGGGUAACCAGACUUCCUGCCGUCUGGCUGGACUGAGACCAGGAACUGUCUACUUUGUCCAGGUCCGCUGUAACCCGGUGGGGAUCUAUGGUUCUCGUAAGCCUGGCAUCUGGAGCGAGUGGAGCCACCCCACUGCAGCCUCCACCCCCCUCAGUGAGCGUGUUAUGUCCGGCUCCUGUGACUCCAAGUCGGGUGACUCUAACUCAACGCUGCGCCGCGAACUCAAGCAGUUCUUUGGCUGGGUGAGGAAGCACGCCUAUGGCUGCAGCGGCAUGUCAAUCAAACUGUAUGACCAAUGGAGAGUCUGGAUGCAGAAAUCCCACAAAACACGCAACCAGGUAGGUCCUCCAAGGGGAUAAGUCUUAGCACACACCACGUCAAGACAUCAAAUGGUGUCAUGGUGACAAAGGUUGUGGUUGUGUGUGUACGUGCGAUUUUGAGUGUGUGUACGUGUGAUUUUAAGUGUGGGUACGUUUGACGUUCAGUGUGUCUGUAUGUGUGUGUAUUUUAUGGGUGUAAAACUCUUUUCUUGGGACGCCGAGGCCUCAUCUUGUACCAGAGACAUGAGGAGGACCUGAGAACACAGUGGAUAUAGGACAGUGUACCUGCCAUGUCCCACACCCCUUUCUCUGCAUCUGUAAUUGACUGACUGAUACCCAGGGAGCGCCAUCUACUGGCAUUAGAGGACUUGGAUUUCACCACAGUGGAGCAUGAUUGAAAGCCCACUUGAUUAUCCCUGGAGCGAAUUGUUCUGGACAGUUUUCCUGACUAGGCCCAGUCUGGAGCCAGGGCCCGGAAGGGGAGAGUCCCUGGCCUGGGAGAGAGGGCCGUGGGGCGUGACGGAGCCUGACCUGGGUGUGAAGAGCAGUGGAAUGUGUGAAUGAUCAUGUUUAUGUAUGGAGAAAGUUUACUGCCUUUAUUUUUUUACUAAAUUGUACCAGCAUAUUUAAAAUGUCAAAAGUUAUGUUUUAUUCCUAAGUUAUGUUUAGAUAGUCGACAUGUUAUUGACUGAAUCUUGAAUUAUCUGUUUUAUUGUUUAUAAAAUAAUGGGUAAAAAGUA